UAAAUAGUUAUUAAUAAAAGGGAAACAAAACUAGUUAAACUGUGGGUACUUGGCAUUCAUAUAGUCAUAUAAUUGGACUUACUUUCUAUGGCUAAAUAAGUGGAGUUUUGCUGUUUCAAUUUUAACAGUAAUCUGAACCAGUUGAUAUUUAUAAUUAGAGUUCAGAUGCCUAGUCAGCCAAGUAGUAAGGAAUUUUAUUUAUCAUGUUAUUAACCUUAAGAUAGUGAGUAAAGCAUUUGGUAACGAAGUACAGAGGCACUGUGAUGGUCAGGCCUGGAAGGAAACCGGUAACCCUCAGGGGUUCCUUCAGCAUCCGCCCUGGACUGGAAACAUGGUCUCGCCUUUUUAGGGGCAGGCUUUCUAAGCAGGCAUAAAGUCAGAUUUAGGUACUCCCACUUGGUCUCCAUGAUGAUUGUAAAGGUCAGCGUAUUUUCCCAUGCUGUUAAUACAUUUAUUUAGUAGAACCAACCUCGUAAUGUUGGGGUUUGGGCCAGUUUUCCUGUUUAAAUCAAGAGAAUAUCUGCGUAUUGAGUUCUUGGUGAUCAUAGCUGUGCCUGCCCUGUAUCUGCCUUCACAUCGCAUUUGGGAGAAAUACAUUCUGUGUUCAGGGAGGCACGCGACACUUCUCCACAUUUGCAUGCGCUGACUUGAUAAUGGGACUGUACUUGGAGGAAGAGAAGUGAUAGUAAAAAUCAGCAGCUUAUUGCAGGAGUGACAAGGACUCAACCUUCUGGAAGUAAUGCCCACAGAAAGCGGGAGUUGUUCAACUGCUCGCCAAGCAAAGCAGAAGCGCAAAUCCCACAGCCUUUCAAUACGAAGAACUAACAGCUCGGAACAGGAAAGGACAGGCCUGCCAAGAGAAAUGUUAGAAGGACAAGAUUCAAAGCUGCCUUCCUCAGUUCGCAGUACACUUCUGGAACUCUUUGGUCAAAUAGAAAGAGAAUUUGAGAACCUUUAUAUUGAGAACUUAGAGUUGCGAAGAGAAAUUGAUACUCUGAAUGAACGCUUAGCAGCUGAAGGACAAGCCAUCGAUGGAGCAGAACUUAGUAAGGGCCAACUCAAAACGAAAGCCAGUCACAGUACCAGUCAGCUUUCUCAGAAACUAAAGACUACUUACAAGGCUUCUACCAGCAAGAUUGUCUCUAGCUUUAAGACGACCACAUCAAGGGCCGUCUGCCAGCUUGUGAAGGAGUACAUUGGCCACAGGGAUGGCAUCUGGGAUGUCAGUGUUGCAAGGACACAGCCAGUGGUGCUGGGGACCGCAUCUGCUGAUCACACGGCAUUGCUGUGGAGUAUAGAGACAGGGAAGUGCCUUGUCAAAUAUUCAGGCCAUGUGGGUUCAGUAAAUUCUAUAAAAUUUCAUCCCUCAGAGCAGUUGGCUCUCACUGCUUCUGGAGAUCAGACUGCUCAUAUUUGGAGAUAUGUGGUACAGCUGCCAACACCUCAGCCUAUUGCCGACCCUAGUCAACAAAUAUCUGGAGAAGAUGAAGUAGAGUGCUCUGAUAAAGAUGAACCUGAUAUUGAUGGAGAUGUGUCCAGUGACUGCCCUACCAUUCGAGUUCCACUGACAUCUCUCAAAAGCCACCAGGGCGUGGUCAUAGCUGCUGACUGGCUGGUUGGAGGGAAGCAGGCAGUGACGGCUUCUUGGGACAGAACAGCAAACCUAUAUGAUGUGGAGACAUCGGAACUUGUUCAUUCUCUGACAGGGCAUGACCAGGAGUUAACGCACUGCUGCACGCACCCCACACAGCGGCUGGUGGUGACCUCCUCCCGUGACACAACCUUCCGCCUCUGGGACUUCAGGGACCCGUCCAUUCACUCUGUGAAUGUUUUCCAGGGACACACGGACACUGUGACCUCUGCUGUGUUCACCGUGGGAGACAAUGUUGUUUCAGGCAGUGAUGACCGCACAGUGAAAGUCUGGGAUUUAAAAAAUAUGAGAUCCCCAAUCGCAACUAUUCGCACAGAUUCUGCCAUUAACAGGAUCAAUGUAUGUGUUGGCCAAAAAAUCAUAGCCCUGCCCCAUGACAACAGACAGGUGCGAUUGUUUGAUAUGUCGGGAGUGCGACUAGCACGGCUUCCCCGGAGUAGUCGACAGGGCCACAGAAGAAUGGUGUGCUGCUCGGCGUGGAGUGAAGAUCACCCCAUAUGCAAUUUGUUCACCUGUGGUUUUGACAGGCAAGCCAUUGGCUGGAACAUCAAUAUCCCUGCAUUGUUACAGGAAAAAUAAGUUUCUGAUGUUCCUUAGUUGUGUGGUUUGCCAUGGACCUUUGACUCAUGCAGGCUCUGCAUAUUAAUCAGCCAUUGUGUGAGAGUUUGACCCGGGGAAGGGUGCUUUUUAUAUGUUCUCACAUUGUGCCAGCUUGCAUGACAUGUACAGAAAAAUGAGUGGUCCUAUUUUUUAUUUUGUUCUGUGUGUGUAUAUAUUGGCAUCUUCUGGUCAGUAGAAAUGGAACUCGCCUUCCAUGUAGCAGAUAAAAUACUUGUGUGUUGUUAACGUUUGACAGAUGAACAGUAGGGCAUUACGGUUGUGUAAUUAAAUGUGAACCUUUGUACUUAUUAUGAGGCCUAAGCAGUCUGUUGCAUUUUCUGGAAUAAUUAUACAUAUCUACCUUGUACUGGGAAGAUUGCUGAGCUACGUCUGUGUUGGCUGAUGAGCGGCAGGAAUGAACAGAUUUCAUGUUUACUUCUGAAUGAAGCUUUAGCCUUUGCUAUGUGUAAUUCAGUUCUAACUCUAAUCUCCAUUACAUCCUGAAAAAAUAACUGGGAUGUUAGCAGUUUAAAAUUUAGCACAUUCUGAGAGUUUCUUUUGAAAAGAAAAAGUUUCUGCUUUUUUUUAUAGGAAACUUUCAACCUCCUGAGAUCUCAUAUUAGCAAGUUCUAAAGUAAAAUGAUUCUAAUCACUGAUUUUAGAUUUUAAGCAAAAUUUAAAGCACUUUAGUUUAUAGCUAUGGUUAUAAACAGUUUUUAGAAGUUUCAAAUGAUUUAUCCACUGAAUGUGACUUGACCUUUGUAAGAAGGCUUGCUACCUGAAAACAAAAUCUUAUUUAUUUACUACAUCUUUGGUUUGCAUAUUUCUAAAUGGGUUCACUCCUUGGUGGUAUUUGAGAGCCAACAAUGCAAAUAAAUGAGUACUACCUCAAAAAUAAAUAUUUGGAAAACUUUGGAGUCUCACUGUUGCCUAGCUAAAGCACUUUUGAUUUAUAGCUGGAAUACUGAAUUCAAUUCACAAGGCAAGAAAGACAAUCAUCACGUCAAAUGUAUCCCGAUGGUAAAAGGUUCUUCAAUUGGGCAAAUAAGGUAAUAACCAUAAGAAAUCUUUCCUAAAGUGGUCAGAUGCUUUUGUUUCAAGUAGCUGGGAUACCGCUCAGUGCCAAUCUUACUGCCGUGUGAGUGAGCCUGUUACUCUUGCCUUCUUAGAAAUUACUGUUCAUCUGAUAUUUGUUAAGUUUGUAUUUCUUAGGGAGUUAUGGCUUUGAUACAGACAUCUCACUGCCUCUCACAUUUGUAAUUCGUUAAAUGUGGCCAUUUGGAGGCUGACUUGGAGAGGCAUCGAAAAGCAGUACUUAGACUUGUCAAAGCAACUCCUCCCCACUUUCCCUCCCCCGUUUCGCUGUUUGGUGUUGACUCAGGAGAGUGGCCAGUUGGUAAACAGUAGUAAUUUGGUAAGGUGUAUUGUAUAGGAUUUGCAGGUGUUCUCUGGUGUGGCUUAUUAGCUUACCAAGCAUGAGAAGACACCUCACUGACACUAUUACCUGUGGUUCUGCAGGAGCUGAUGAGAGUUUUCAGAUCUGGGUCAUUCAGAACAUCUGAAAUGAAUUGACACAGUCUGGAAGAGAAAGAGAACACUGGAGUAACCAAUAUGGACAGGGAGUUGAGAUUGCUGACUAAGGGACAAGUGGCAUAUGUUUUCUUUGACUUAGAAAUUUUGAAAAUUCAUUAUAGUUUUAAGCCUGACAUAUUUAUCUGAUCAGUUUUUGAGAACCAAUAUCAGACUAGUCACUGUGGUUGAUUAGAAUUUCAAGCUUCAGCUCCUGUGAUCCUAAGCGUAGUGUUGCUUCAUGGAGUGCUGUCUCAGGAUAUUUACUGGGUCCCAGUUUUCCCUCCCAGUGAAAGACCUGAUUGCCAUCUCCCCUUCCAUUGCACUGCAGAUGCAAAAGCGUGAGCGUUCGGAUGACUUCCAGUGACAAGCUGCACAAGCCUGGUUCUUAGGUUCCUUGUAUUUUAAUUUGAAAGUCUAGAUGCCUGCCAGAAUAAACAGUUUUGAAAAUUUUUAAAAAUGUAUUUAUCAUGGCCAUUUAGUUGUAUGCAGACUAGUGACUUUCACUGCCAAUAUCUGCCCACCUUCUCUGGCUAACUGGAGGGACCAGCCUCUGACACCCCAGACGAGGCACUUUCACUCAUUUCCAGGAGAGGGCGCAAGACCUCAAAGGUGCUGCAGCCGAGUUCUCAGGAGCAGGACUGACUUAACUGCUAACUGGUGUGUCUUCUAACAGGAAUUCACCCACUGCUAGUGUGGCCAUGUUCUCUUCAAUAGUCAUGAGGUUGGGGAUCUUGAAUACAUGCAUCUGUGUGGGCAUGUGUGUGUAUGUGUGACUGAAAUCAUAUCACAUUGUCAGUCUCAUGUGAUCUCAUUUGAAAUAGUAUUUGGAAACGGGAACGUUUUUGGUCCAGUAUGCUUAUGUGUCCAGAAUUUCAUUUAUUUAUGGAAGGAAAAUAUUUAGUUGCUAGAUAAUGUGUGUUGAUAAAGAUUUCUUAAGAGAUAUGCUGUUAGACAAAGCAACAGUUUCUCAACCACUGCACAUCAGUUUCUGUAGAGUCAGAAUGUCUGUACAUUGUUUGAAAUCUGGAAGAAUUCUAUAUAAAUCAUUUGUUACUUAAAUCUGUGAAGAUGAGUUUUUUUCUUUUGGAGGAAAAAGUUUGCAUUUGUAAGCGUUAUGUGGAAUCAGUUGUUUGUAUUGUAUUGAUGUAAUUGUUUUUUAAGUGUUCAAUGUCUUCAUUGCAAUAUGAAAUUCAUUAAAACAUUCAUGUUCUGUAA